CCCGGCUGCGCCCAGCUGUACGGCCCUGCCGUCCCGAGCUCACUCUGCGCCGCGCCGCGCUCUGCUCCGCCGGCUCUGCUCCCCAGGGCCCGCCGUAGGCCCGCCGUAGGCCCGCCGCCUGGCCCAUCAGUGGUGCAAGCUCGCCCCGCUCGCCCCGCCAGUACCGCCCUGCCAGGCCGGCCCCACCCGAGCCAAGCCCGCCCAAGCCCGCCCGAGCACAGCCCCUGCGGCAGCCUUAGCCUGCGGAUCCUGCGGACCUGCGUACGGCCCUCAGCCUCGCCGCACCGCCUCGCCGCGCGCACCGCGCCAACCCGGCCAGUAGCCCGGCCAGCCCGGCCAGCCCGGCCACAGAACCCGCAGGAACCCGCAGGGCUCCGCCAGGGCCGCCAGGGCCUCCCGCCAGGGCCCCGCAGCAAGCCUUUUCGCCUCCUCAGCCGAGCACCACUGCCCCCACCGGCCUGCACUGCCGCGCCCGCCGGCCUCCCGUCAGCACGAAGUGAAGCACGCGAAGCACGGGCGCGCGUGCGUAGCCAGUCAGUAGAGUGCAACAGCGGGGCUCGGAGCCCAGCCAGGCCCAGUCGCGAACCAGUGCUCCUGAAGUGUGUGCGCGCGCGUGUGUGUGUGUGGUUACGAUGGGCGGACCCGCCCCGGAGCCCUUGUGACAGAGGGGUGUUUGAGACGGUGCAGUGUAGUGCGGGAAGUGAGCACCAUGGAGUGCUCGUGCGGCGCGUGCGCCUCGUGCAUCGCGAGCUCGUGCGCCGUGUGCUCGUGCAGCGUGUGUUCAUGCGCGAUGUGUUUGUGCCCGGUUCGUCUGCGCGACACCCCCCAGGGGCCCGCCAGGCCCUGCAGGACGACCCGGUGGCCGCGCUGGGCUACUCGGACGGCCCUGGUGCUGCUACUGGCCGUGGCGUGCGCGCUCGCGGACAUCGCCACCGCGGACGCCACGGCGGACUUGGGCUCUAGUCGGGCCGACGCCGCCCCUGGGUCCACCCCGGGCACCACGGUCAUGUUCAUGGAGGACUACCGCCAGCGCAACGGCACGUCGGCGCGCGGCGGCAGCAGGGAGGUGGACGACGACGUCGAGGAGCUGCACCACGGCAAGGUGCGGCGCCAGCACUCGUCCGAGUACGCCGACGAGGAGGCGGACCGCCGCCACCACAAGGGCCGCGGCGCGCGCAAGCAGCAGCGCCGGCGCCUGCAGGAGCACGGCGACGACGUGCGCCACGUCCUCAUCGACGACAGGCCCAUCCGGCCCGCGGGCCACGGCGGCACGUGCCCCAUGUGCCAGGAGCGCGAGGUCAUCAAGAACUUCUCGCUGGCCGCCAUCAAGGAGCAGAUCCUCCACAAGCUCAACAUGGCGCACCCGCCCAACAUCACGGGCCGGCGGCUGCCGAAGUACGACCACCUCGCCGACCUCCUGGACGCGCAGCCCCGGCGCGGACACUCGCCGGGGGGGCACUCGGCCGGCCACAACCACGGCAUGCUGGGCGACGACCCGGCCGCGGGCAUGUUCCGCGCCGGCAUGGAGGUCUACGAGGAGGAGGACGACUACCACGCCAAGACGGAGAGGAUCAUCGCCUUCCCCCAGAGCCACACCAACAAGGUGCGGCACAGCUACCAGGGCCACAACGUGCUGCACUUCCGAUUUUCGCAAAAGGUGGUCCAGAGCCAGGUGGCCAAGGCCACGCUGUGGGUGUACGUCCGGGGCACGGGCCGCACAAACUACCGACGAUACGAGGACGAGCGUCGUCGCGAGGAAGACGACGACGACGACGACGAGGAGGGAGAGGAGGACGAGGAGGAGGAGCUACCUCCCACCGUGCUCGUGAGGGUCAUGCGGAUGCGCAGGGGCAGCGCCGCUGCCGACGCGUCCGUGCCCUUCGAGCUGGAGUCCACCGCCAAGGUGGAGCAGCCCGAGGGGGACGGAGUCUGGGUCACGGUGGAUGUCAAGAAGAUGGUCGAGGACUGGUUCCGCAGGCCACGCGACAACCUGGGGCUCAUGGUGUUUGCCAGCGCGGGCGCGGACGGCAAGCAGCUCGUCUACACAGACACGAACGAGGAAGACAAUCCAAAGAUGCCGUUCAUCGAGGUGUACCUAAAGGACGGGCGGGCGCGGCGCGUACGGCGCAACCUGGGCCUGACUUGCACGGAGGACGAGGAGGAGACGCGCUGCUGCCGCUACCCGCUCGUCGUGGACUUCGAACUGUUCGGCUGGGACUUCAUCAUCUUCCCCAAACGCUACGAGGCGAACUACUGCUCGGGCGAGUGCCAGUUUCUGUACAUGCAAAAGUACCCGCACACCGCGCUGAUCAACAUGGCCAGCAACAAGACGGGGCCGUGCUGCGGCCCGCGUAAAAUGACGUCCAUCAACAUGCUCUACUUCGACAGCGACCUCAACGUAGUGUUCGGCGUGCUUCCCGGCAUGGUGGUGGAGCGCUGUGGCUGCUUUUAGGGCCUGUUGACUGUGCACCAAAUGGUACAAUCCUCCUAUUUGUGUAGAAAAAAAUACAAAAAAAAGUAGAUUCCAUUAAAUCAGUAAAAUUCAUCCAGAAUAGAUUAGGGAUUAGACGUCACAGCCUUCCUUAAGGGCACAUAUCUAUUGAGUUCUUGGUGUCCCGCAUUUCGAGGAAGCCCCAAAGAAUUCUGUAAAUUAUUUUCUUCGGCGUUCGUGCAUUUAUUGUUUAUACUUUUCUAGUGGGAGGUUGACAGUGUAGAUGAUGAAGAUGUUACGCUCGUCAAUGAUAAGAUAAAUAUAUGUCUAUGCGAUUUAUUUAUAUAGACAGCGAUGGUGGUGAAAGAGAAGAGGAGAAGGGAAUGGAUGAGAUGGGAAUUGUUCUAAAUAAGAUAACAAACAUGGUUACCAAAUCACAAGAAUGGUAAGAUCUCAAUUACGAUGCGUAAAGAGUUUUGUACAUACAUUAGUUCUGUAAAAUGGACGUGGCGGGUGAUUACACACGUUGAUUAGAAGGGUGAAUGGAAAUGAGAGACGUGUGCGUGAGUGUGUGGAAAAGUAAUAAAGAAUAAUGUACGAAUGAGAAACGUAGUGCGUGAAUUCUUCAAGAAGUUGCGUAAGUCUUGGCGGAAAUCUAAAAUAAGUGACAGGUGUGUAUUUGUGAGUGUGUGCGUGUAUGUGUGUGAGUGAGAGAGCGCGUGCAUGUAGAGAGAGGGUGAGAAUGUCGUGUGUAUGAAUGAAAAUGCGUAACUGCUUUUAAACCAAGUACAGCUAGCGCAGAAUGAAGCAGGCUGACACAUCUUGUACAUGAUACCGCAACGUGUUUUGCUCUCUUGCCUCGUCCAAUCAAAUCCGUCCAUUACUGCUUUUUCCCCUUUGUAUUGAUUCGUGCAGUAUCGUGCACAAAGCCCCCGGAGCGCUCGGAGGCCCGGUGAUAGAGCACGAGGGCAAUAAUUAAGUCCAAUGCACUAUUUUAUACCUUUCAUAUAGUUGUUUUGCAAUUUGGCUGAGGAGUCACGAAAAAUUUUCUAUUUACGAAACUGUAAGUCAUACUUAAUUCUUGUAGAACUGUAAAGUAUUAAAAGACAAGCUUCGGGUAAAAAUAUUGUUGGGUGGUGUGUUGUUACGGAUGACGAUGGUGGUAACCCGCUCCUCAGAUGCCAAGUUCCUUGUGGCACUCAAGUAACAAAGUGUUAUCGUAGGUAACAAUUUCAUUGUGAUAUUGUCUGACUUUUAUGAUAGUUAUAAGCAACUGAAAAUUAAACUAGAUCAAUUAUA